AUGCAAAUCAUUUUUUCCACAGGUAAAAGCACUGUAAAUAAGCGCUUAUCUACCAAAUCGUCUGCCUAUGAAUCUAUCAGUCUGUCAUGGCGCCCAUUAUCAGUCACUCAAUUUCUUUUUAAAUCACCUCCCUCGUGUCCAUAUCUUUUCCCAUUCUUUCUGUACCUUUUAUUCCUCGCUUUCUUUCAGGCCUCACCUAUCCUUGUUAAUAUUUGUCUGUUUCUGUUCAUAUCUACCGAUUUCUAUUCAUAUCUAUCUAUCUAUCUAUCUAUCUAUCUAUCUAUUUCAUCUGUUCGUAUCGACAUUUAUCUAUCUAUCUAUCUAUCCUAUUCUUUUUGUAUCUAUCUAUCUAUCUAUCUAUCUAUCUAUCUAUCUAUCUGUCUGUCUGUCUGUCUGUCUGUCUGUCUCUUUAUUUUUCUGUCUGUCUUUAUUAGCUUCCCUUUUGGAGAAAACAUGAUACCCGUGCCAAAGCCGAAAUCUCUGGAGAGGCGAUAA